AUGUUGCUUUCUCAUUCCUAUUGGAAUGUGUUGGAGCAAAAUACAUUUUAGUAUUGUAAUAAUAAUAUUAAUUUAUAUGAGUUAGUGGUAGAAUAGACAGACUCUCCAUGAUUGAGAGCUUCAGAGUGAUCAAAGCCCUUUUGUGUUUUCUUCAAUACUUUUUUUAACUCUCUGAAAAUUUCUCUGUUUGUUUUGGGAAGUGAGAUCUGAUGAUAUUACCUGUGUUUAAGCUUGGCACACUUGCCCUCAAAUCUUUCUGUAAACCUAUCGGUAAUCGAAUCAAGAAAGAGGCUGGAUACCACCCCAGGUUCCGAAAUUUCAUCAUCAACAUUGCCCAGUAAUCUCCGGCGACCGCUUUCCGAUCUCCUCUCAGUUCCCGGUAAGUCAAGAUCUGCUCUCUCUCUUUCUCUCUCUCCUCUAGUCUACUAGCAGCUCAGGCGAAGCUGCGAACGGCGCCGGCCAGCGAACAGCAGCGAAAACCAGUCGGCAACCGGACGUCGCCUCUGAUCUGCUAUUCCCGCCAGCAAGCGAAGGCGCCGGCCAGAAGCAGUGCGAGGACCAGCCCCGACCGGCGACCCUCUUUCUCUCUUCUCCUACGCUUCAGUGAGGACGACAACAUCAAAGAGCAGCUCCAACUGCCCUGACCAGCGAACUGCGAGCAGCAAACUCCGGCGAAGGCAAGAGCGUUUCAGAUUCUCCGGCGAACUCCUCUAUCUUCUCCGACGACCAACCCAGAAGAGAGACGGCAGUGCUACUGUUGUCGCCGGAGACCAACCAGAUCUGGUCGGAAAACUGCCAGACCUUGUCGGAAAAUUGCCCAAAGACCACCGAAGCCCUCCAUAUUCACCGAUUCAGAUUGAAGAUGAGCAUUGUAGCUUGAAGUUAACAGAAUUUGAUUUGAGAUAUACAUUUCUUGGUCAAACUCUACACAUUGAUGGCUGCUAUUAGGCUUUCAACUUUGAAGAGAACCCUUAAUUUCUCUUAUAAAUUAGCAAAUCAGAUUGAUGUCAGACCUUCAUAUGCUUGCAUAAAUGGUAAUCUCCAUUCUAGAGAACCCACCUAUUCAAAAAAUUAUGCUGACCCAAAAUGUUUUAAUAUAAGGGGUAUACGCUCUGCUAGUGGGACCAGUCAUGUUACCUCAUAUCUCAGUGGGAGAUCUGAUAAUAAAAGUUUCUGGGGAAGUAAAUCAAUUGUUGUAACUAGCCCCAUUUGGAAUAAUCGAUGGUAUUCAUCGUCUUUUAGUAGUAAAGGAGAUAGUCCUAAAGGUUCAGAAGUUUCAACUGGUGCAAGUGGGUCUGAUAUGGAUACAGGUGGUGUAAGUGGAAGUGAAUGGGUUGGAAAUAUUAAGGAAGCUUGGCAAACUGCCACAGAUGCUGUGACUUCUACUGGGGAAAAAGUGAAAGAGGCAUCUUCGGAAAUGACUCCUUAUGUUGAACAAGUGCUUGAUGCACACCCUUAUCUGAGAGAUGUAAUUGUUCCUGUUGGUGGCACUUUAACUGGUACCUUAAUGGCUUGGGUGGUGCUUCCAAGACUUUUGAGGAGAUUUCACAAGUAUUCUAUGCAAGGACCAGCUGCUUUGUUGCCUGGAAGCUCGAUAUGGGGGCAGGUUUCUUAUGAGAAAAGUAUUUGGGGUGCUAUGGAGGAUCCGGUUCGAUAUUUAAUCACUUUCAUGGCAUUUUCACAGAUUGCUGUGAUGGUGGCACCAAGCACUAUUGCAUCACAAUAUCUUCUCCAGACUUGGAGAGGUGCUGCUAUUCUUUCAUUUGUCUGGUUUCUACAACGAUGGAAAACAAAUGUGAUCAGCAGAGCUUUGGCUGUAAAGAAUCUUGAAGUAGGUGACCGUGAUCGGUUGUUGACUUUGGACAGAAUCUCUUCCGUUGGCCUCUUCAUCCUUGGGCUAAUGACUUUAGCUGAAGUUUGUGGAGUAGCUGUACAAUCUAUUUUGACCGUUGGUGGAAUUGGAGGAGUGGCUACUGCUUUUGCUGCUAGAGACAUCCUUGGCAAUGUUCUUAGUGGGCUCUCCGUACAGCUUUCACGACCUUUUUCAGUUGGUGACACGAUAAAAGCUGGAUCAGUGGAAGGUCAAGUGGUUGAAAUGGGGCUAACUACUACAUCAUUGUUGACUGCAGAAAAAUUCCCUGUUAUUGUCCCAAAUUCACUAUUUUCCAGUCAGGUGAUUGUGAAUAAAUCACGUGCUCAAUGGCGUGCCAUGGUCACUACAGUUCCUUUCCAAAUUGAAGACUUUGAUAUGAUUGUCCAGAUAUCAGAUGAUGUAAAGAGCAUGCUCAAAUCUAAUCCAAAUGUUUUCUUGGAAAAGGAAGCACCAUACUGCUACUUGUCUAAAAUUGAAAAAACAUUUGCAGAGUUAACUCUCGGGUGCAACUUAAGAUAUGCGAGCAAGGACAAACUAUUUUCAGCACAACAGGAUAUUCUUCUGCAAGCAGUUCGAAUAGUCAAGCAGCAUGGGGGCACACUGGCUGAUCCUUGGAGUCAGUGAAUUGGAACGAAGAUGUCUUAGUCUUGAGGGUCAUGGAGGUGGAGUUUGAGGAUUUUGUGCUGGUUCCAUUGGAAGUUUCGCUUGAAGUUCAUAACUUUGUCAUAAGAUUCUACUAUUGAGCUAUGUAGUACUUGAAUUUGCGAAUUUUUCUUGGAACUUUUUCGCUCUAUAGCGGCCCAACCUUAUAACCAAAAUGUGUCCAUAUUUUCAAUCUUAUCCGAAAUAGUCCAUUUUGUAUGUAUUUUGCAAAAAAGAAGGAUUUCAUCCCUAACCUACAGUGAAGAAGAGAUACUGGGGAUUGAAUAUCCCUAUGUUCCAAGUCGGACAACCUCCUUUAUUUCUUCGAUUUUUAGAGUAAUUUCCAAUACAUCUGCCAUUGUUAUA